GCAGCCCUGGCGGGAGGCUCCGCCCACCCCAGCCACCGUCACCAAGGGAGGUGCCCGGCGCGGAACUGCCAGGCGAUGAGCGAGGCGGCUCCCCGUCAGCGCCGCUGGGCGCGAGUAUCCCGUCUCGUCUCCUUCAGCGCCACCCACCGGCUCCACUGCAAAUCUCUGAGUAAUGAAGAAAACUUGAAACUGUUUGGAAAAUGCAACAAUCCAAAUGGUCAUGGGCACAAUUACAAAGUUGUGGUGACAGUACAUGGAGAGAUCGAUCCUGUUACAGGCAUGGUUAUGAAUUUGACUGACCUCAAAGGGUAUAUGGAGGAGGCAAUCAUGAAACCCCUUGAUCAUAAGAAUCUGGAUUUAGAUGUACCAUACUUUGCAGAUGUUGUAAGCACAACAGAAAAUGUAGCUGUGUAUAUCUGGGAUAACCUCCAGAAAUUUCUUCCUAUGGGAAUUCUUUAUAAAGUGAAAGUAUAUGAAACUGAUAAUAAUAUUGUAGUCUAUAAAGGAGAAUAGCCCUCAGGGGUUAAUACUAUAGAAAUACUCAGUUUCUAUCCAUAUUUGAAAAAUAUCUUUAGCCUCUUGGACUAUUAAGAUGCCAUCACAUAAUUACUGUACCUCUACAUUGUUCUGGAGUGCCUGAUUCAUUGUAAUCAUUAUAAGACUUGUAUUAAGUUCACAUCUAUUUUAAAACCAAAUUUGUAAUGUAUCAUGAGUAUCAUUUAGAGAGCCUGUUUUGUAUAGAUUAAAAAUCACUUCACUGCAA